UACAAGGUUUCUUACAUAACCUUAAGGACACUAUUGUAUGAAUAUCUUUUUAAAGGUGAAAAUUAAUUUAAGAUUAGUAAACAGCAACAUGUCACCAAAAAAGAAAGUGUUAAUGGUGUGUUUAGGAAACAGCUGUCGUUCUCCAAUAGCAGAAGCAGUAUUUUACAAUGAAAUAAAAAAGUUAAAUCUUUCUGAUGUUUGGGAAGUAAAUAGUGCUGCACUUUUACAGUAUCACGUAGGUAACAGUCCAGAGCCUAGAACUAUGUCUACGCUCAAAAAGAGGGGUAUUACACAUUAUACUCACAUAGCGAGACAGAUAACAAAGGAAGAUUUCUACAAAUUUGAUUGGAUAUUUGGAAUGGAUAGUGGAAUAGUAUUUGAUCUCUGUCAAAUGCAACCAGAAGAUAGUCAAGCAAAAAUUGAACUUCUUGGAAAAUAUGAUCCGAAUGGAGAAUUAAAUAUAAGAGACCCGUUAUUUGACAGUGACAGUGCUGGAUUUGAAAAGGCAUUCGAGCAAGCUGCAAGAAGCAUAAAAGUAUUUCUGGAACAACAUAAAGAUAUUGUAAAUACAUAAUUACACUGAUUAUAAUUGCAUCGUUAUAUAUAACUUAUAUAUAAACUAUUGUAUAUUGGAAUAAACAUGAAAUAUGUAAAUAUUAUGAAUAUGAAUUAUUCUUAUUUAA